GGUAGAAAUUCUGUAAAAAUAUAAACAACAAAUUACAUAAUUUGUACUUUAUUCGUUUAACACAUAGCAGCGUCACGAACGCAAUCAAUUUCAACCACAGCGGAGCCCAAAACAGCAUCAAUGAAGCCAUGUGAUUGGAAAAGCUCAUCGGUAGAGAGGGGGAUCCAGCACCCUUCUGCCGUGAAUUAAUUUCUGUGUCAGACUUUGCUUUGAGCCGAUAUUCAAAGCAAUAAAAUAUCCUGAGCUGUAAAGCUGUUAUCUGAACUUCCGAGGCGACGUUCCUGUCUGCAGACUGGUUUCUGUCGAGCUUGGGCGAGCGCACAGCCCUUGCAGGGUAGACGAGUAACAGGUGCCAGAUAAAGCUUGCCCGAUAGUUUAGUGUCUGCCAGUAUUGAGAGAGAGACGGAGAGGGGGAUUUCAAUGGGAAAUAGGAAUUUAAUUCACAAUCCAAGAUUACGUGAUAUCGAGUCAUAACAGCAAAUCUGGGAUGUAAAGGACGUUCAAAAUGUGGCCAUCUGCAUUCUCACGGUGGAUGCCGCUUCUCUGCCUGGCAGGUGUAUCCUUUGGUAUUCAAGUGACCAUUUCAGAAUAUAAAAAGAUAGCCAUGUUGUUCCAGCCUGUGGUUCUGCAGUGUCAAUAUUCCACCACAUCUGUCCAACAACCUGUUGUGCAAUGGCGAUUUAAGUCCUACUGCAAGGACCGUACCAUAGAUGCGUUCAGAAUCCACAGCACAUCCACACAUGUUACCAGCCAGAAAGAACAGGCACCCACAUGGGAUCCGUACCUAGACUGUGCAGAUAAUAGUCGCACAGUCCGAAUUGUGGCUUCCCGUCAAGGAUCUGCUGUCACCUUGGGAGAGUACUACAAAGGAAGGGAAAUAACCAUCAUCAACAAUGCAGAUCUCCAGAUUGGAAGGUUACAUUGGGGAGACAGUGGAGCUUAUUACUGCUCAGUUAUCACUCCAGAUGAUAUUGUAGGUAACAGUGAGGAAAGAAUGGAACUUCUUGUCUUGGGUAGGAGUGAAGUGGUUGCAGAUCUGUUACCCAAUUUUGAUGUAGAGAUUAUGCCAGAAUGGGCGUUUGUUGGUUUAGUGCUCUCUGGAUCCUUUCUGCUCCUUAUUCUUCUUGGUGUGUGUUGGUGUCAGUGCUGCCCUCACACAUGUUGUUGUUAUGUUCGCUGCCCUUGUUGUCCAGAAUCCUGCUGUUGCCCUCAAGCCUUAUAUAUAGCUGGAAAAGCAGUAAAAGCUGGACAUCUUCCAAAUGUUGCAGACUAUCCACCAUACUACAUUCCCAGUGUUUCUAGGAUACCAAUCACACCAAGUGUAAUUGAUACAAAGUCUCUGCCUCCACCAGCACAUGUCGACACGGACAUAGGGGAAUCUGUGCGCAGUGGAUACAGAAUUCAAGCUAACAAAGAGCAAGACUCCAUGAAAGUCCUUUACUAUGUGGAAAAGGAGCUGGCACAGUUUGACCCCUCUCGGAGAAAGUAUGAACAAUCGAGCAACAUGUCAGAGUUAAGUUCACUGCAUGAUCAGAAUGCUGAUUUCUGCCAGAACUUCUGCCAAGCUCGAAAACAAAUGCAAUCUCCAGUUACUGACCAGGAUGUUGACUUGGCAUUCAGGGCUCAGCUCAUGAGAGAGCCUGGACAUUUCAGGAGCAGAGCAAAGAGAGACAUUGAACGUUGCAGUAGCAGGUCACGGUCUCGAUCUUGUGACAGACAAAGAAUUGAACUACAUGACAAAGAACUAGCAAAUUCACUAGAUGAACUUGAAGAAUUUGCAGAAUCUUAUCAUUACAGAGGGAGGAGAGGUAAUUCACUUGAGCCAGAACGACGGGAGAGAAAAGAGGCUGACAGGGGGCAGUAUUACAGAGCACUCAGAGAUCGAUACCACUAUCAAGGGAGCUCCUUGGAUGAUUAUUACAACAAAAGAAGUCGGAGCAGAAACGAGCUAUAUGAAGCUGACCAGGGAUAUGUUUACAACAGUCAGAGGAAAAGAGAUAAGCAGGAAGAGUGCCCAUUAAGGUGUACAAGUGAUGGUGGUAGAACCUAUGAUGAUGCUUUCAUGAACAGUAUUCUGGAGAAAAAGGCCAAAUGUAAACCUUACAAUGAAAGUUACAGCAGUGAAACUCCUUCCAAAACUAGUAUUAAGCGAGUAAAUGACCAUUACUAUGGGAAAUCUCCAAGUUACAAGACAGAAGAAGAAGAGACAUUACCUCCAUACACUGAAAUGCAUUUGCAAAAGGUUAAGCCAGAAGAACUGCCAGCGAGGAUCUACUAUCAUGAGCGAAAAGAGCAAACAAGACAGAAGAAAGCCGUAAGUUCUUUGAUUUCUUUCAAGAAAAUGUCAAGGAAAAUCUACUUAAAAUGCUGGAGGAGCUCAGCAAGUCAGGCAGCGUCUAUGGAGGGAAAUAAACUGUUGACAUUUCAAGCUGAGACCCUUCACCAUUUCCCUACAUAGAUGUUGUAUAACUUGCUCAAUACCUCCAGGAUUUUGUGUAUGUUGCUGAAAAUUUCCAGCAUUUGCAGAAUUUUUGUGUAAAAAAAAUAAUACCUUUAAGGAACUUGCGCAGCUUCUUUGAAAUAUAUACAUUUAAAUUAAACUUAGUUUGGUAUUGUUUUGUGCUUAUGAAUCUUGUGCUGAUGUAGUCUGUUAGUUCUGAUGAACAAUAUUUUCCCAACUUUAAUGAGUUGCAAAAUAUCUAAAGUCAAGUACCUCAGUGUGACUGAUAGAGCGUAUACAUCUAACCAUGUUCCACUCUGAGUUAAAGUACAAAUUUAUCAGUUUGGUUCUUCACAUUGGUAAAAAUGUGAAGUUAGUUUGAAAUUAUCUUUGCAUGGGAAUCAUGGUAGACUGUGAAAUUAUUUUUGUA